GGACAGACUGGACAGACGGGGCUGUCGUCGCUCUGCUGCACUUGCCCGCUGUGCUGGAGCAAGAAAAAAAAAACCUGACAGCUUCCUGCCCUUGACUCAACCGCGAAACAGACAGAGAAGCAACCGACAAAACGGAUCAAUAUUUACAUUUUUCAGCUUUUGGACAACAUGGUGAAACAGCGACGCAUCAGAGCGCAUUCCUGUUGUGCAGCUGUUGCACCUCUUUGUUGCAGAAGAGGACCAUCGAAGACUCUGACAGAGCCUGCCAUCUUUGCCAGGGAGACCAGUUGUGACUGUCGCGCCCCUCAUGAGAAACUCACCAUCGCUCAGGCCCGCAGAGGCACCCCAGUGGACCGGCCAGUCAGAGUCUAUGCAGAUGGCAUCUUUGACCUGUUCCACUCUGGACACGCUCGUGCUCUCAUGCAGGCCAAGAACCUCUUCCCCAACACCUACCUCAUAGUAGGAGUGUGCAGUGAUGAGCUGACCCAUAAGUACAAGGGUUUCACAGUCAUGACGGAGCAUGAACGAUAUGAGGCGCUGAGACACUGCCGCUAUGUCGACGAAGUUUUGAGAGACGCACCCUGGACUCUCACACCCGAGUUCCUGGAGAAACACAAGAUCGAUUUUGUGGCUCAUGAUGAUAUCCCGUACUCCUCAGCAGGAAGUGAGGAUGUUUAUAAACACAUCAAGGAGGCAGGGAUGUUUGUGCCUACACAACGGACAGAGGGAAUCUCAACAUCAGACAUAAUUACCAGAAUUGUCAGAGACUAUGACGUCUAUGCCCGACGCAACCUCCAGCGCGGCUACACGGCCAAGGAACUUAACGUCAGCUACAUCAAUGAGAAGAAGUACCGGCUGCAGAACCAAGUGGAUCGUAUGAAGGAGAAAGUUCGCACAGUUGAGGAAAAGAGCAAACACUUUGUUUACCGGGUGGAGGAGAAAAGUCACGAUCUCAUUCAGAAGUGGGAAGAGAAAUCGAGGGAAUUUAUUGGCAAUUUCUUAGAACUUUUUGGACCGGAUGGAACUUGGAAACAGGUUUUCCAGGAACGCAGUGGUCGUAUGCUGUCCUACGCUCUGUCUCCCAGAGGGUCGCCCUCUAACAGCCCUCCCCGCGAACUGUCCCCCCUGCGCUCUCCCUCACCUCCGUCUCCCCCUGCACGCUGGCACAAUGCACGGCCGUCGCCCCCGACCUCCCCCAAAGGAGCAUCUGCAUCUAUAAGCAGCAUGAGUGAAGGCGAUGAAGAUGAGAAGUAGAUGGACUGUUGAACACACUCCCAUGCACACACAAAACACUCCACUCACAGUACACUGCCUGAGAACUGCUCACACACACACACACACACACACACACACACACACACACACACACACACACACAAACACACAGAUAUACUCCUACGAACACUGGCAGGAUACUGAAACAGUUAUCCUCAAAGACGUUGCUGACAUGCAGUGAAGAUGGUGGUCAUGGGAGAUGUAGUUCUGAGCUCCAGAGCUAAGAAGCCAUCACUGUCUCUGUUGUCUGGGCAACCCAGCAGACAGAAGGAAGACGAAGAAAGAAGGGGAUGAGGAUUUAUGUACACAGUGUCACAUAUCGUAAGACGGUCCAGAAUCCUUUGCAGCAUCUGUCGAGAGGAUUUGCUUUGGAUUGUCCAGCACUAAUAGAGACUGUCCAACAGCCUGCUCAUAAUAUCACCUCACUGUUUGUCCUGUUCUGUUUAGUUUAGCAUUUUCUUAGAAAGAUGCCAAGACUUUUUGUAACUACUGUGACCACAUAAACAUUGUGUCUGACAUUCAGUUCAACAGGUCAUUUGAACUGACGGGAACUGGAUUCAUUCAUAGUUUUGUGCUUGUUGAACUGACAGUUAAGGAUUGAAUAAAAGACACUGAACCCCCUAGACUAGCGGAGAUGUAGCGGUUGCUAACCUGUUGGCACUCAAAACACAUAGUCAGAGCUAGUUUGCACCAUUUUAGCAUAAAUGAUUGGCAAAGAAAACCAAAUUCAUGUAAAGUAGGAAGAGUGAUUCACAGUCUUUAAUUCCCUUGAUUUACUUGUUCCCACACUACAGUAUUGACCAGUGGACUGCACCUACUCUGUAAAAUGCCUGUUAGAUAGUCCCAAAAACUUGACUGUGAUGAAACAGAAGAAACAAACUUCAUUUAAUAGCUUCUUGAAUGUAAACCAAGUCUCUGAGACCACACCUAGAGCGUAAUUGUAAUCACUCUAAUUUAUACUCACAUGCUAUACAAACACAAAUUUAAUUUCAGUAGGUCUCACAAUUAUCAUGAAUCAUGGUAACCAAUUAGUAGAAACAUGAAUUCUCACCAUUAAAAAGCCAUGUAUUUUUUUUUGUAUUUUUUUUUUCCAUGUUGUGUCAAUCAGUGUUUAGCAGACUUCUUUUUUUUUUUUUCGCUCUUUGCAAUAUGAUGUCAGCUGUCAAAAAACCUGGCAAACUUGGAGAUGCAGCCUUUCUCCAGUAUUCUGAUGAUACUUGAAAUAUACAAUAAUUGAGGCCCUCCAGGUGAACUGUCAGGUCCUCAAAAGCUGGAGCAUAGCCCUAAUGUUUUCUUUUGCUGUAUGUAACAACUCCUUUGCUCAGGUCUGCUCACCAGUGAUCCAUAUCAGGGCAGAGCAGACCUCUCCUCCACCCGAACAAUACAAAUACCCUACUGCAAUGUAGAGAACUUAAUGUCCUGUACGCACUACAUGUUAAUCUGCACUAUAUGUACAAACUUUGAGAAUGUGUCUUUUUUUAUUUUUUAAAUUUUAAUGUUCCAACAGCUUGAUAUGUAAAUAAAACAAAACAAUAUAACUGAA